AUGGCGGAUAAUGUGUCGACGCACAUUAGUGUCACCGAGAGAGAAAACAGUGCUCCAGAGGAAGACAAUGUCACUGGUAACAACGGUCCGCCCGCGAACAACGAUAGCUCUGAGAAUGAUGAUAACUCGGUGCACACGGACAGCGUUGCAGAGACGGGCGACGACUCAGCAAAAUAUGACGCCUCAAAGAAAGAGGAGUCACGAAACCUGUUGCAAGAUCUCAUCGAAGCGAUUGAGGAUAAAAACACGCAGAUCGCGGAGAAUCUGCUCAAAGAUCACAGCGAUCUUGCAAAGAGCACAUUCACCUAUGAUGCAAGCAGAGGGGACGACGAUGCAGAGGAGCGGACAACGCCGCUCUUGCUGGCCAUCGAGCUGGGUAGAGGCGGCCUCGUUCGGCUUCUGGUCAAUCGACGUGCAGAAGUCAACCUCACGGUCGGAAAUGCCGCUUCUUACAGAGGAGAACCCGAACCGCUGAACGCACUGCAAUCGGCAAUUCUGUGCAACAGUCGCAUGGACCUAGAGUGGGCCCUCGCGCACAGCGUCGACAUUAUCAACACCAAUACAAGUUUCACAAGCGAGGAUGUGACGGGUCUUGCAAUGGGGAAGAUAACCCCCUUGAUGCUGGCCGUCGGCUUGAAGCGAUCUGAUACCACCAAGCUUCUGGAGGCGAAUAGCGCCGAUAGAGAAGCCACAGCAGUCAUUGAUGAGCUUACUGCAUCUCUGGCUGCUGGCUAUACUGGUUCGCUUAGAGCUAUCCAACAUUUCAGGAAUAAACAAGCAACCGGGUCUUCCUUGGUGAACAGCAACCAUACCGUGGCGCCGCUUCUUGCCGCAGCUGCGACAGGGAAUGAGAAGGUCUUCGAGAUUCUAUCAAAGCACCAGGCUGACUUGACCGCUCGUGACGACUAUGGAAAUACCGCGCUGUAUCUGGCUUCGAAGGGUGGAAACACAACCAAUUCUACUAGCAUUCCGAAGAAAGGGUACCUUGCAAUCAUUCAAGGACUUGUGAAGAACUUCCUUCGCUCGUGA